UAUUCUUUGCUGUGAGACCCUCCUCCCACUUACGAUGUACGGGGAGAGCGGCCCUCCAAAAGGCUACAGCAUCCCUCGUCACGAAGGGAAAAGCGAGAAACGAUGCCAGUAUUGCGGUUCGACCGCGCACUGGUCGUAUGCCUGCGAUGGGAAGGAAAAAAACGGGCGAAAAGCCUCCGGACCUUCCCCCAAACUGAGCCCUACGCAGAUGCUCAAAUACGGGAUUAAGCGAAAACGAACCGAAUUCGUCCCGGAGCCGACGGAAAGGGAAGCUUUUAAUGCCGAACUCAAAUCCUUGGAAAAGAUAAUAGGCGAUGAGCUGCGGCAGGAAAAGCGAACUGCCAAGGAAAAAGACGCGGGUAGGCAUGAAAAGACAAAGCCAGAGCCUGCGGAGGUAAAGAAAGAGAACCCGGAAGAAACGCUUUAA